AUGGCUAAUGAGAAAACCAACAAUAUAGACAGUCAACCAAUUUGCACUGGGAAGGAGAAGAUAGAGACCCUCCCUGUAUCUGUUUUUGAAAUGGACAUAACUGGCCACAGCUCUACCAUCUACAAUGCCAUCUAUAUUUUGGCACAAGCAUUAUGUGUUGCUCUUUCAACAACCUUCCAUCAUAGAAGAAGAACAGGCAAAGUAGGAUUUAUUGAACUUCUCAAACUUCAUCAUGGAAGUGUAAUAACUCAAAGCUAUCAGCAUAUCCUAGCUUUGCAAUUUGCUGUAAAGAUAAUUAAUGAAAAUCCAAGGAUCUUGCCUAACAUCACACUAGGGUUCCAUGUUCUGAACAGCAAUUUCCAGCCAAGGUGGAUUUUGUGUGCCUCGGUGGAACUUCUCUCCACACGGGGCAGGGUUUUUCCAAAUUACAAGUGUGAUGCACAAGCAACAGUAGCUGUUAUUGGAGGACCUAAUGCUGAUGUAUGUCUCUUCAUGGCAACCUUUAUGCACAUCUACAAAUUUCCACAAUUUGUGUACACUUCAGCUGCAGUGGUGAGUGCCAAAUACCAAGCCUUUUUCAUUUCCCAGGUAUUUCCAGAAAUUCACCAACAAUAUAAGGGGAUUCUCCAGCUAUUGCUGCAUUUCCAGUGGACAUGGAUUGGAGUGAUUUUCAUUAAUGAUGAUAGCGGGGAGAGAUUUGUAGAAAAAGUGCUGCCCAUGUUUGCCCAAGGAAGGAUCUGCUUUGAUUUUGUGAAAAUAUUGCCAACAAUAAAGGUUUCCAACAAACUCACUGAGGUAGCAGCACAAAGUCUGAACUUAAUUAGCAUUAUUAUGGGAGGGACUACCAAUGUAAUAAUUGUACAUGGUGAAAUUCAGACAAUCAUGGUUUUAAGGAUACUACUUGAGUUAUCUAGAUUUCAUGAAAUACCAAUGAAACCGAAAGUAUGGAUUUUCACAGCCCAGAUGGAUUUUACAUCUCUCCCUGUUCAACGUAGCUGGAACAUGGACUUCAUCCAUGGUGCACUCUCUUUUGCAGUUCACACUGAGGAGGUGUUAGGAUUUCAUCCAUUCUUUCAGUUCCGAAAGCUUACAUCAGAAAAGGAAGAUGGCUUUCUCAAGGAUUUUUGGGAAGUGGCCUUUCAGUGUUCUUUCUCCAAUGCCACCUCACAAACAGAACCAGGUGGACUCUGUAGCGGGGAGGAAAGUCUGGAGAAUCUUCCUGAGUCAGUUUUUGAAAUGAGCAUGACUGGUCAUAGCUACAGCAUCUAUAAUGCUGUCCAUGCCAUAGCAGAGGGUUUGCAUGCUAUGCACUCUACGUCAAUGAAAAGAACAAUAAGGGAUAAAGAGUGGCAUGAGACGGUCUAUCGAGAGCCAUGGCAGGGGCGACCCUUUUCUGUUUGCAAUGCAAAUUGUCGUUCUGGAUACAGUAGGACCAAAAUUGAAGGAAAACCAUUUUGCUGUUACGAUUGUCAUCCAUGCCCAGAAGGGAAAAUUUCUAACCUAAAUGAUAUGGACGACUGUUUUCCAUGCCCAGAAGAUCAGUAUCCAAACAAGGAAAAGAAUUCAUGUCUUCCAAAAACUCUAACAUUUCUGUCAUAUGAGGAAACUUUGGGGUCCAUCUUGGCCAUUUGUUCUCUUUCUUCAUCCAUUAUCAUAUUGUUGGUUCUGGGUAUCUUCAUUAAGUGCCAGGAUACGCCCAUCGUCAAGGCCAACAACCGAAACCUCACCUACAUCCUUCUCAUUUCUCUCCUGCUUUCGUUCCUUUGUGCUUUACUAUUUAUUGGCAAACCUCACAAAAUGACUUGUGUCCUUCGACAAAGUGCUUUUGGUGUCAUUUUUACUGUAGCUGUAUCAUGCGUGUUAGCAAAAACUAUUGUGGUGAUUUUAGCUUUCAUGGCCACCCAACCAAAGUCUACAAUGAGGAAAUGGGUGGGGAAAAGAUUGGCCAUUUCCAUUGUAUUUUUCUGCUCUUUCAUUCAAGUAGUUCUUUGUACUGUCUGGCUGUUGACCUUUCCUCCAUUCCCUGAUUUCAACAUGCACUCAAAGGCAGAAGAAAUUAUUCUGGAAUGUAAUGAAAACUCCUUUGUCCUGUUCUACUGUGUCUUGGGCUUCAUGUUCCUCUUAGCCCUUGUCAGCUUUACUGUAGCUUUCUUUGCUAGGAAAUUACCAGACUCUUUUAACGAAGCCAAAUUUAUCACCUUCAGCAUGUUGAUUUUCUGCAGUGUUUGGCUCUCCUUUGUUCCUAGUUAUCUGACCACAAGAGGCAAACAUAUGGUGGCUGUGGAGAUCUUCUCAAUCAUGACAUCCAGUGGAGGGCUUCUUGUAUGCAUCUUCUUCCCUAAAUGCUUUAUCAUCAUACUGAGGCCAGAACUGAAUAGCAAGCAGCAACUGAGACAAAGAAACACCUAA